AGCUGUUUGUUUAUAUAAUCUCGGUGAAGAGAUUUGGUGGUUACAGUUUGUCGACAUAACAAGUAAGAAUCAGGACAGGGCGAGUCAUUUAAUCCGGUUCGAGCAUGUAUUUUAAGAUGAUUGUGCCGUUUUUGGCCGUGAUUUUGGCCGUGGCGAGCGCUGGUUUGACUGGAGCUCCAAUGGAUGCAGACAUUAAAGAUGAAGGGGUUAAGAAUGCGUUACAGUUCGCCGUGGCCCAGUACAACAGACAAAGCAACGAUGCGUUUGUGCGUCAAGUUUCCGAGGUCAUCAAGGUUCAAAGACAAGUUGUCUCUGGCAUGAAAUACAUCUUCACUGUGAAAAUGGGCAGAACCAGCUGCAGAAAGGGUGGAGCUGAGACACUGUGUGCUGUUCAUGAGGAUCCCAGUGUUGCACGGGCCACCGAGUGCAAAAUAAAGGUCUGGAGCCAGCCAUGGAAAAACUUCAUUAAAGUCCUUGAAAACACCUGUCUGGCCUAGAGCUUGUUACUAGUGCAGUUUGGGGCUUUCAACAUUCAUGCAGCAAUACAAUUGACUUGUUAUUACUAAUAACGAUGAAUCUUAAGUCUUUACUCUUGAUAAAAAUCUAAAUUUUAUUUGUCCUGAAAACCUGGCAACAACAGAUCACGAUAAAAGACACUUCUGCUUAAAUGUCUAGCAAUUUCUAAAUGGUAAAACGCAUGUUUAGUUCAACCUUUACUAUUAAAACAUGGUUGAACACAA